GUCGCCGCGGCGCUGCUAGCGGCGCUCAUGGGGCUGCUGGUGCUGGUGACGGUGCUGGGUAACGCCCUGGUCAUCCUGGCGUUCGUGGUGGACCGGCGCCUCCGCACCCAGGGAGAUUUCUUCUUCCUCAACUUGGCCGUCGCCGACCUCCUGGUGGGCGGCUUCUGCAUCCCGCUCUACAUCCCCUACGUGCUCACCGGCGAGUGGAGGCUCGGCCGGGGCUUGUGCAAGCUAUGGCUGGUGGUGGACUACCUGGUGUGCACCGCCUCUGUCUUCAACAUCGUUCUUAUCAGCUUCGACAGGUUCAUCUCUGUCACCAAGGCGGUGAGUUACAGAGCACAGAAAGGGAAGACCAGAAAUGCAAUACUGAAGAUGGUCACUGUAUGGAUCGCUGCUUUUCUUCUCUAUGGUCCAGCCAUUCUCAGCUGGGAAUACAUAGCCCAGAAGAGCAUCCUUCCAGAAGGAGAAUGUCAUGCAGAAUUCUUCUACAACUGGUAUUUUCUAAUGAUUGCUUCUACCAUUGAAUUCUUCACACCUUUCAUCACUGUUACAUACUUCAACCUAAGCAUUUACCUCAAUAUUAGGAAACGUGUAUCCCUUAGAAAUGAAAACUUAUCUCCUGGCCAAGAGGACUCUGAAAUGAGUUUCCAAGAAAAAAGGGAACACACCGUAUUUUUUGUAAAACCUGCUAACAGACAAAAACACAAGAAGAAAGCAACCAGCCUUUCUCCCCUGCAGAAGGCUCCAAGGCUCAGUCUAUGUAAAUUUGACAGUCAGUCAUUAAGUCUGAAUGUCAAUCAAGACCUUACACCACUUCAGGUGGACAUAGAGACCAAACCUCAUAGGAACAGUUUCUAUAAAACUACAGAAGACACAGGUGACACCACCACGAGAGCAGACACUGCUAUGACAAACAGAUUUAGACUUACUCGAGAUAAGAGAGUAGCAAAGUCUUUAGCAAUUAUUGUAAGUGUGUUUGGUUUGUGUUGGGCACCUUAUACACUUUUAAUGAUCAUCAGAGCAGCUUGCCAUGGGCACUGUGUGUUACACGCACUUUAUGAGACUUCAUUUUGGCUUCUGUGGGUGAAUUCAGCCAUUAAUCCUAUUCUGUACCCACUAUGCCACAUGAGCUUCAGGAAAGCCUUUACCAAACUCCUGUGCCCAAGAAAAGUUAAAAUUCAUCCUCAUAUUUUUAUGUAAAAAAAAAA